GGAUAGAUAAACAUAACCUUAAAAAUAAAUUUUCUAGAUAAAACUUGAAUUGUUUAUGCAAACAGGCUUACAGUUUUUCGUUGUCAUAGAUAUGUAUUCUUUAUUGUUACUAAAUAUUUUUUGUGAUUAGCUUUUGAAUGUUUGAACGUUAGCAUCUUUUUAUUUAAACCAGCAACGACAUCCACUAUUUCCAGCGAUGACAGAAGAAACUUUUGAACAGUUUGAAGAAGAAGAGCAUGACGGGGUUAUUGUGCCUGGAAGUCGAAAACGUUUAUUUUCUAAAGAGCUUCGAUGUAUGAUGUAUGGCUUUGGAGAUGAUCAAAACCCCUACACUGAGAGUGUAGAUCUCCUUGAGGACCUAGUUAUUGAAUUCAUAACUGAUAUGACACAUAAGGCGAUGGAAAUUGGAAGGACUGGGCGAGUUCAGGUGGAGGAUAUAGUUUUCCUUGUGCGAAAAGAUCCGAGGAAGUAUGCAAGGGUCAAAGACUUGCUGACCAUGAACGAGGAACUGAAGAAGGCUCGUAAGGCAUUCGAUGAAGUCAAGUAUGCUGGCAAAAAAGAUUGAUAUAUUUCUUUCACAAUUUGGACUGAAAUGACUUGAAUUAAUAUUGUAUAUUUUAAAACUUCAAUUUGAUUUAAAAACAUUCUAAUAGUGUUGUCCAUCUUUAUGACUGAUGACAGUCCAACAUAUCAUUUGGACUGACUUGAAUUAAUAUUCUAUACUUGUAACUUUCAUAUUUUAUUUUAUAUAUUCUAAUAGUGUUCAUCUAUGAUAUCAAUUUUAUUCUAAAGAUAAAUAUCAUUCGAAUCAGUAGCAGCACUGUUAUCCAAUUUUGAUUAAAAGCUCGAUUCAACAAUAAAAUUCUGAGCUCUUGUGAGAAAUUAUAUAAAAAAAUCUCGUGAAAAUGAGAAAGGUGUCAAAUUUAAGUUAAAUUCUUGAGUAUACUGGCAAGUUUUCCAGGUGUUGUAUGGUAGGCGUACAAAAUUGUCUUCUUAACUUAUGUUUGGGUGGAAACAUAUUAGAACGGCGAAGAUAGCUUGAAGAUUGAGAGUGUUAAAUAGAAUGUAAGUAUUUAUACUCCGUACAAAAUUACUUCAGACUUUGCGGCGCAGAGAAAUGGAGGGAGAUCAGCCAAUUACAGUGAUGGAUAGAGUCAUAGGUGGAAGCGCAGUUGUCAAUUAUUUGUCGAUUACAGUCGAGUCAGUACUUGCAGAGAGGAAACAGUGCUUGCAACGCACGUCAGCGGCGAGCUGGGCGUGAAGAACUUGCGCGCGUACCUCAUGGUUCGGGGUCGAUCUUCAUUGAUAUUGGCAAAAUCAAUUUCUUUCAUCAAAACCUGAUAGGAAGUGAUGACGAUGUCAUACUGGGCCAACCUGAGCGGCUGUGUGUACCCUUCGCUCCCCCUCACUCCGUUGUAUACCAUCACACUCACAUGUCCCUCCGCCACAUGCUUCUUGAUUUCGUCGCUCCACUGUUCGGAGAUGGAGCUCGGUGAUAUGAUCAAGGUGGCAUUGGACGGGACAGGCGCCCUUUGUGGCCAACAGCGGAAGCAGACAUAGGGCAGUGAUGGCUCAUAUGACACACAGCACUGGUGCUGCAGCUUGCCGCAUGCCUCACACUGAACUAUGCACGCGUCGGCCAUCGUAGAGGGGUCCAGGCAGCAACACCUGUAGUCGGAUUCAGCUUUGAGUGCCUGGAUUUUUGCUCUCUUCAUAGCCGGACUGGUCUCUCGCAGCAAUGAUGAUUUCGCUGACUUUGCGCGUUUUUUCGGCGCCGGCAUGAAGUCCGGAUCGUCAGCUUUCGGCCGCGCUCGUCUCGGUUCGGAGGACACAUUGAUCGACGGAUCAUCCUCGUCUUCGUCGAAGCACAAUUCGUCCAAGACAGUGCUUCGUUUCUGACGGGUUGAUCUCCGUGAUGAAGAGGUCAGAUCAUUACCUCGUGUCUUACACACAAAAUCCGAAUCGCCAGAAUCGUUGGUACUUUGAUUAUUCCGUUUGGUAGAAGCCUUUCUUUUGCCUCUAGUUUUACAUACAAAAUCGGCAUCGUCAUCGGAAUCAUCAAUACUUUGAUUUUUUCUUGCACGAGUCUUCCUCCUGGCUGUAGAUCUCCCUGGAGGCUUCGAACUUCUAGCAGAAUCUGCAUCUUCUUUUCCUUCUUCAACUUCAGAAUCUGAUAUUUUCUUUUGCUGUUGUUUUGUCAUUCUUUUCGGUUUUGCUAUUUUCCUAGGUCGCCUCCUACCACAUGUUUUUCCUUCUUCAUCUCCCCGUUUACCACUCACUUCUUUCUCACUGCUUCCCUCUUCACCUUCUUGUUCAUCACACUUUUCUCCAACAGUUUUUCCUUCAUCUCCUCGUUUAUAAUCAUUUUCCUCUUCAUCCCCUUGUUCAUCUCCAACUGUACUUCUCUCUUUAUCUCCUUUUUUACCACAACUCUCUUCCCCAAUUCUCCCCUCUUCACCAGCUUGUUUAUCACAUAUGUCUCUACUAUUGCUUCUCCUAUUUCUAUCCACUAAUACUUCAUUUGCUCCACCCUCUUCCAUUCUUUUUUCACCCAGCUUUCCUUCACCUUUAGCCAAUUGUUCUCCGUCUUCUCCCGACACUGGCACGCUAUUAUCAUCUCCUUCUCCUCGUUUCUCUCUCAUUCUAUCUGCUUCUAAGGAAAUGUUUUCUCCUUCACACACACUUUCACUAUCUUUCACGAACAAUGUAUCGUCUAGGACUUCACUAUACACACUUUUAAACCGUUUUGGCUUUGUUUUGGAGUGACUAUCUAGUGUUACAUUUUGUGCUACAACAUUAUCAUUCCCUUUUCGCUUUCUCCUAUUCGGUCGACAUAUUUCCUCUUCUGUUUCCGCUUUCAAUUCACUAUUUUCAUCUCUCUUCUUGAUGGCAUCUGCUUUGUAUUUUUCCAAAUCUUCCUUCAUUUUAUCAAUGUAUUCUUGCAGUUGUUGUUCGUAUUCCGUAUUGGGAUUUGCAAGUAGACAAGCAAGUACUUCAACUGUUUUCCCAGCCCCAUUUCAUCCGCUAAUAUUCCUCCUUUCUCUAGCCGAACAAGUCUAUUUUGAUCGUUGACUACAGAGACAGUGCGAUGCUGGGCCUGCUCUACAGACAACAUCCAUCUGACAGCUCUCUCCUGGUAGGAGCGCAACGUGGGCUUCAGCUUGGCAUGCUGCACGUCCCCCUGCUGUGGCGGAGGGGGAGGGUUGGCCGUGUGAAAGUCCUUCACCCAUUCGUAGACUGUGUGCGCCUCCAGUUUAUCACUCAACUCGAAUUCUUCUUUCUCUUCUUCAGUCAUUUUCAGUUGCGUAAAGUUCCCUAAAAAUCUGGGAUACACAGUUAUUACAAAAGUUGUAAGUUACUGUAGAAAUUAGAAUGACAUAGUUAGGUAUACAAAGGUGUAAACACGAAUUUGUUCAAAUGCAUUUUAAAGUAUUCAUAGAAAGUAGAAACUGAAAUUAUAACCUAAUGGUAGACAAUUAAUUUUGAAUGUUUACCAAAUUGACCAAAUUCAUGUUCUAAGUUGAACAUGAGCGCUU